AGUUUUGUCGCCGACCACAUAAAACUGUAAGUGAGAGUAAAAAACGUCGAUACCAUUAAGAACUGUGUUUUUUGGCAUCAUUCAAAAUCAAUAGCGUAUGCGCAACGACGUACAUUUAAGAGCGUAGUAAAAGUUUCAUUACAAAAAAAAAUUAUCUAAUUUUGGCGUAUUCAUUUGACCAGUGAUUUGAUGUCGAUUUUUUUUGGUGCUUGUGGAAGUAACGAACGUGCAAAAUCAGAAUUUUGACCUUUCAAUUUGUUUAUCCGAAUCAAUCAAAUGGACGCGUUGAAUAAUUUCGAACCUAGAAAAUCCCAACAAAACCACGUGAAUCUUCAAUUGGAAAUCCCAAAUGCGUUUCCAAUGGUGCAAUUAAAAAUGGAAAAAGAGCCGAAUGAAUCGCAAGACGUCAACGCUAUGGAAUCAUCAUCGUCAGUAAUGAACAUCGAAGAAAAUGUGUCGUCAUCAGCGUUGGCCGUAGAUUCUUUCGCAGAAGAGUCUUUGCUUCAAUCAAUUCAAUCGCUCACAACGAUUAUUUAUGAAAAAGUGCGCAACUAUGAACAAACAAUCGCAGCCACUAAGCAAACCAAUGCAAAAUUACGCAAGGUUCUCAACCAGAAAUUAUCGGAAAUGCAGAAACGUUGCGAUAAAGUCGAUAUAGCCACUAGUGACAUGAAGAAGAUGGUCGAAGCUAAAAUUGAUGUGAUAGACAAGCACAAGAAGAACUGCGAAGAAUAUAUGGCCGAAAUGAAGGAGAAGUGUGAUGCGAAGAUCAUAGAAAUGGAGCAACAUCACAAAGAUGAAAUGGAUAAUGUCGUUGCGGAAACAAAGAAGAAAACGUGGUGUAAUCAUUGCUGGAAUGAAGUCACUUUCAAAUGUACUAUUCUUCCACCCGCCUGUAGUGUCGCUUGUUUGGAAGAAUUGGUGAAACUUGAACCGAAUUUUUGGAAGGAUGAUGAUCUAAUGACAGGCGAUUCAACGGACGAAAAUAGCUACCAUCGGAACGGGUUGGACUUCUCCAAGACUCAUGCCACUGAAGUCAAAGAAGAACACCGCGACAUCGCAUCGACAAACGUUGAUACGGCAAGUUCUGCUGCCCAAUUGAUUCGAGAUUUGGAAGAUUAAAAAAAAAGAAAUGUUUUCGAACAAAAUUACCAAGAAACAAAUUAAAAUUCAACUUUUUUCUCUUAAGUAUCUGAAUCAACAAAGAAAAAACGUCCUGUAAAUGAAGAAAAAGAAUGUACAUUUUCAACAAAAAAGAAUGUACAUUUUCAUCUCAGAGAUUGAGAUUGAAAUAAAAUAAAAUUAAA